CUCGCUCUUUCUUCUGCCCCAUUCCCCCGUAGCUCAGCUCGAGCCCUCGGCUUGCGCCUCUGUCGCUGCCAGUAAGCACCCGCACCAGGAGCCCAUCCAAGAUAGACACCAUGGACGUUGCCAUCCAGCUCCCGUGGUUCCGCCGUGCUCUGAGCCCCUUUUUCCCCCCCCGCCUCUUUGACCAGUUCUUUACCGAGGGCAUCUUUGACUACGACUUCUUCCCAUUCUCUUCCUCCACCAUCAGUCCCUACUACAGACAUUCGCUGUUCCGCAGCUUCCUGGACUCCUCCAGUUCUGGCAUCUCUGAGGUGAGGUCUGACAGGGACAAGUUCACGGUCCACCUGGAUGUGAAGCACUUCUCCCCUGAUGAGCUCAGCGUUAAGGUUCUGGACGACUGCGUGGAGAUCCACGGCAAACAUGGAGAGAGGCAGGAUGAUCACGGGUUUAUUGCCCGUGAGUUUCAUCGCCGCUACCGCCUUCCUCCAAAUGUGGACCAGACAGCCAUCACCUGCACACUGUCUUACGAUGGGCUCCUGACCCUCUGCGUGCCCAGGGUUUCCUCGGCAACAGACUCCAACCGCGGCGACCGCAGCAUCCCCAUCACCCGUGAGGACAAGCCCAACUCGGCUGCCUCCUCUUAGGUGGACGUGGCCCAGAAGCCAAAGGGAGGGGCACAGGUGCUGAGGGCAAAGGCAGUGACAGAUGUGUGUGCAGGUACACCUUUACCACAUCAAUCAUUCCUCGUCCCCUGACGCCAAGAGCCAUUCAUAGAUGUCAGCGCAUGUCUAGCUUCUUAUGUUCUCUUUUUAGCAAUAGUCAUUACUAUUAAUACAUCAUUAAUCAUCAGAGUCAUCGUCAUUAU